AUUUCUGAAUACUCUUCUCACCGUGCAGCCUUAUUCUAAGAAAACACAACAGGGACGAUCCGGUUAUCAUCGCAAGGCAAUUUCCAAAGAGAUAAGUCGACCGGGUGGUGAAGGCUGCUGGAGCCGAAAACGGAUCGCCUGGACACGGACCCCUCGUUCUUUAGGACGAUGGUGCUGGACAAGGAAGAAGGUGUGCCGAUGCUCUCUGUUCAGCCCAAGGGGAAGCAGAAGGGGUGUGCUGGCUGCAAUCGCAAGAUUAAGGACCGCUACCUGCUCAAGGCCCUGGACAAAUACUGGCACGAGGACUGUCUAAAGUGCGCCUGCUGUGACUGCCGGCUGGGCGAGGUGGGCUCCACCCUCUACACCAAAGCCAACCUCAUCCUCUGUCGCAGGGACUACCUGAGGCUCUUUGGUACAACGGGGAACUGCGCGGCCUGCAGUAAACUGAUCCCUGCCUUUGAAAUGGUGAUGAGAGCCAGAGAUAAUGUUUACCAUUUGGACUGCUUUGCCUGUCAGCUUUGUAACCAGAGGUUUUGCGUCGGGGACAAGUUUUUCCUAAAGAACAACAUGAUUCUGUGUCAGAUGGACUAUGAGGAGGGGCAGCUGAACGGCAGCUUUGAGACGCAGGUCCAAUAGCCGGCACUCUCGCUGGAUGGAAGCUCCACUGCACCAAGUGAGGAGCGUCUGUCUGCUUGCCUGCAAUACUUUUUAAUCCUUAGUGGGCCCCGGGGACUCUUGUAAAUGUUUCUUUUUAUUUUUGUUGCCACUCCCUCCCCAACACUAAGCAGUUACAAGUUUUGAUGUACAGUUGUGCCUGCUUAGCUGAGCACUGUAUUGCCUGUAUGUUUGUGAUGUUUGUUUUGGGUUGGCUUUCAUUCCCUUUCCCAUCCCCCUCCACCCUUUGGGUAUGGUUCCUUGAAGGGUCUGUACAGACAGUUUUUUCUGUAUAUAUAAACUGGAACAUUUAUUUUAUGAAAAUGUAAUGCAAUUUUAUUACUAGUGUGAAUUAAAGAUUCUUAAAUGUUUACAGUGUUAUUAUUUUCCCUUCACUUGCCAACAAAGGCUGUUGCAGGAGGUUGGUCUAUGUUAUGCAUUUAUUGGCUCCCCUAAACGACAAUCCAUAAAGAGCUUUCAUGGAAAAACGACCAACUGUUGAACUUUUUUACGUAGUUGAACCAACCAAAGUGUAUGAAGUUUGGAGUGGAGUUGGAAACUUGAAAAUAUAACUGAAAAAAUGUUUUAUUUGGAAUAAAAUGCAUACAACUCCAUAAUGUUCUUCUGUAAUGAAUGACCAAGGCUAUAUAAAACAUGUAAUCCAACUGUGGAUGAAAGACUCAUGGUUUUGAUAAAUCAUGCCUCACCAAUUACCAUCUGAUUAUGGGCAAUUUGGAUAAGUAGAAAGACACCAAUAAAAAUG